GCUGUUGAUGUGACCGGCGGCCUCGAGGCAGUGCCGGGCGGAGCGCGGCCGGCCAGGCCCGGACCCCUUCCCCGAGCCUGUGUGGCUGCGGGAACCAGACAGCUCUCUGCGGGUGGCGGAGUGACCGCUACCGGGGGGCUGCUGCUCCGGGGGGGUCCCUGCGGGGUGGGGGUGAGGCGCCGGUGGAGCCCUUCCCCGCGGCGGCAGCCUGGUGCUGCCGCAGAGCUGCAGGCUGCUCAUCUCCGUAAUUGCAUAGAAAAUCAGACAUGAUACACUGACAGCAUCUGGAAAUAAACUUUGGCAAUAAAAUGGAAGCAUAAAUCUCAAGACUUAAAACCAAACCAGAAAUGGCUCAUGAGUAUUGAAAGAAGAGACCGAAAAGCCUCCAACACUUCUGUGAGAGCAGUGGAAAAGGAACAACUACCAUGGUAACACUAAUAACAGAAAAGCUGCAGAACCAGAGCUUGGAUGAUCUGACGUGUAAAACGUACAAUAUUAAUCUGUACUCAUCUGAGAAGCUGAACAAAAGUGGCAGCUUGUUCCCUUUCGAAAUCAAUGAAGAGAGUCCUUGGAAAGCUUUAAAUGGCGGUUACCCAAUCCAGACUGACACAACAAGGAAUUCAGCUUACCCUUUCCCAGUGUGCCCAUUCAGCACCAGCACUGCCAGUAAUGGUAGUCUGCAGUGGCAGCAGGAAUCUUCCAGUACAUCUAUGGUGUCCGGAUGGAUAAGUGAAUUAAACCUUAACGAAAACUCGGGUCAACCCUUGGCACCACCAACAAAACGCCACUGCAGGUCCCUGUCUGAGCCAGAUGAGCUGGCUCGCUGUCGGUCCCCUUGGAAGCCUGGCAAUUCAAAAGUUUGGACUCCUGUGUCAAAGAGACGGUGUAAUAGUGGCGGUAGCGCUACUUUGCAACGCUGCAACAGUCAUGGAAGUGCAACCUUACAGAGAAGCACAAGUAUCAGUCUGCCACAAAACAUACUGUCACUCAAUAACGUCUUCACUAUCACCAGCUUCAACACAUCACCAGUACCCAGACCUUCCUCUGCCAGCAGCGGGUUUGUGGACAGUAGCGAGGGCAGCACAAGCUCGAGUACCCGCUGGAAUUCUGGAGGCCCUUGUGACUUUAACCCAAGGCGCCGCCUCUCCCUCUCCCAGGAGCACAUCACCGAGACAGGAAAUCUCUUGCCUUCAGCCAACAGCACUCCCACCUCCACACCAGAGCUCAGCCGGCGUCAGGGCUUGUUGAGAUGCCGCUCUCAGCCUUGUGUUCUGAAUGAGAAGAAGAGCCGGCUAAAGCGCAGACGGGAGGAGGAUGUACGAUGGAACAGGCCAUCGUUAGACUUUUUUAAAAUGACACGGGUGAGAUUUUACUUUGCUCAGUGUGUGAGGGGAAACUCUUGCAGAAAGGCUGUUCCUAGAUAAACUGAACUAGUCGGUAUUACAGAGUUGCUUAUGUUCUUAUACUGACAUAGUCACCUUCAGCAGGCUCCUUAUACUUGCCAGUGCUAUAUACCCUAUAGCUACUUGCUUUUUGUUUCCGAAGCCCAGACCCUAAAGUCCAA